CCGCCGCCAUCAUGCGAGCGCCGCCGGGGCUGUCGCGGCUGCUGCUGGCGGCGCGGGGGUGGGGGCGCCUGGGCGCCAUGUCCCGCUACAGCACGGAACAGCGGGGCCGGCCCAACUCGCCCGACUACCGCCUCUACUUUAAGAAUGCAGAUGGUAAAUAUAUUUCCCCAUUCCAUGACAUUCCCUUGUUUGCUGGACCUAAAGAGGAUAAAGAAAUUCCAGCAAAGAGGUCAAAGACUACUGGAUCUGAGGUCCUGUUUAAUAUGGUUGUAGAAAUGCCUCGUUGGACCAACGCAAAAAUGGAGAUUGCCACAGAGGAGCCAUUGAAUCCCAUUAAACAUGAUACAAAGAAAGGCAAGCUUCGAUAUGUGGCAAAUAUCUUUCCUCACAAGGGUUAUAUAUGGAAUUAUGGUGCCCUCCCACAGACCUGGGAAGAUCCAAACCAUACGGAUAACCUUACAGGAUGUUGUGGGGAUAAUGAUCCUAUUGAUGUUUGUGAAAUAGGUUCAAAGGUUCGUUCUUUUGGUGAGAUUGUUCAGGUGAAGGUCUUGGGUGUUUUAGGUCUUAUUGAUGAAGGAGAGACAGAUUGGAAGAUAAUUGCCAUCAGUGCAGAUGACCCAGAAGCUCAGAAAAUCCAUGAUAUCGAUGAUGUCAAGAAGCACAAACCUGGUUAUCUUGAGGCUACAAUUGACUGGUUCCAAUUAUAUAAAGUGCCUGAUGGUAAACCAGAAAAUCACUUUGCUUUUAAUGGAGAAUUUAAAAACAAGGAUUUUGCUGUUGAAAUUAUUAAAUCUACCCAUGAACACUGGAAAGCUUUGCUUCAUAAAAAAGUUGAUGGAGGUGCUAUAAAGUGCACAAAUAUUCUGGUGAGUGGCAGCCCGUUUUGUUGCAGUGAGGAGGAUGCCCGAUCGAUUGUGCAGUCAGCACCAGCAUUUAUGAAUGGAGAUCCUGUUUCACCAGAAGUUGAUUCCUGGUACUUUUUCCCCAAGUGAUCAUCAAGGUCUUCUGAACAUGCAUCAUCAAAUCUUAAAAAUCAUCCCUUUGUUUGAAGAUGGACAAAAGCACUGAUUUUUGGAUUCCUGCUGAAACAACUUUUCAACUUGUGUAAACCUUCUCUAAUGUAAAUAAACUCUGCCAUUAUUAAA